AUGCCUCCCAAGUUCGACCCCAAUGAGGUGAAGAUCAUUCACCUGCGUGUGACUGGUGGUGAAGUCGGUGCUCAGUCCGCGCUGGCCCCCAAGAUUGGUCCCCUGGGUCUGUCUCCCAAGAAGAUCGGUGAAGACAUUGCCAAGAACACCGGUGACUGGAAGGGUCUCCGUGUGACUGUCCGUCUCACCAUCCAGAACCGUCAGGCUGCUGUCUCCGUUGUUCCCUCCGCCUCUUCCCUGGUUAUCAAGGCCCUCAAGGAGCCUCCUCGUGACCGCAAGAAGGAGAAGAACAUCAAGCACACCAAGUCCAUCCCUCUGGAUGACAUUGUCGAGAUUGCCCGCCAGAUGCAGCACCGCUCCAUGGCCAAGUCUCUCCAGGGUGUUAUCCUCGAGAUCCUGGGUACUGCUUUCUCCGUCGGCUGCCGUGUCGAUGGUCGCAGCCCCAAGGAUGUCUCCGACGACAUCAAGGCUGGCGAGAUUGACGGUAUGAUCCAAUUACCCCUUUUUCCCUUCCCGGGAACAUACAACUAA